AUGGCCAUGGCUCAUGUCAAGUUCACAAAGCCCCCCGAUCUGUCUGGCCGCACUCCGAUCUAUCGCCUCAGCAAGACCGUCGCUCCUCCUCCCCAACCAACGCCGCCCCAGCCGAGUCCGCAGCUUGUCCACCACACCAACAACGCCAACUACCUUGCGCCCUACCACCCUUAUCCUCCUGGUUUUCAGCCAUAUAUCCCUCCGCAAACCCCGUCGCAACCUUCCUCACAACCGCCUCCCCAGCCACCCUCACAACCACACUCAACGCCACAAGACAACAAGGAAAAUGGAGUCGCAAAGGCACAGACGCCGCAGAGCCACAACUCUCCAGCGCAAGGGUCGCCCAUGACGAAGCGUCGCGGGAGGAAACUACAAGAGAGCGAGACCCUCAUCCUGGUGAACUGCUGCUUGGAAUACCAAAGCUUGUACCACGAUAACCCGCAGCGGUUCUGGUACUGCGUCGCGACGAGUCUGAAACGACAGAUCAAGCGCAACUUCUCGUGGCAGUCGUGUCGCCAGAUCGUCGAGGAGCUGGUCGCUGAGCGGCGCGAACGUCGCCGGGAUGUCGCGGCGGGAAAGAAAAAGGAACAACCGAUGACUGAACUUGUGCUUGCAACGGACAAAUGGAUCUCGUUUACCGACGCUCCGCCCGGGGGGACUAUCGCGUCGCCUGCUCAACCGCUGAAACGACCCGGCCCGGAACCUACGAACGAUUCGAAUGCGAAGCGACCGAAGCCGCAAGAAGCCGCGCAUACCUCGCAACCCGUUUCACAGCCAGCAACUCAACAACAGCCUCAGCCCAUUUCUUUUCCUACUUACCCACCGCAACCGAGCGCUAUACCGACGAUACCGAGCGGGCCUACGAUGGCGGAGUUUCAGACGCUGAAAGUGGACAUUCGGAGUUUGAGGAUGGACGUGCAAGCAGCGCGAAGAGAACUCAUUGAGGUCAGGAGAGAGAUGAAUUCGAAGCUGGACACGAUUCUUCAGACGUUACAGGAAGUCAAAGCGCAGAACGAGGCAAAGGAGUCUGACACGGAGAGUUGA